UGAAUUAAUAUAAUACAUAAUUAUGGGGUUAUCAUGUUUUUCUCUUGGUGGAUAUUUGCUUUUACUUGUGUUGUUUGUUGAUUGUGCUGUGUUUGCUGAUCAUGUUAAUGGAGUUGGAGAUGACAAGCUCCUAUUUGGACAAAGAAAGUUUGGGAAGCAUUUUGGUGGUGGAGGUGGAUUAGGUGGUGGAGGUGGAUUAGGAGGAGGAGGUGGUUUAGGUGGUGGAGGUGGAUUAGGAGGUGGUGGUGGUUUAGGUAAAGGUGGUGGACUUGGUGGUGGGGCUGGAUUAGGAGGAGGUGGUGGAUUAGGAGGUGGUGGUGGACUAGGAGGUGGUGGUGGAGCUGGAGGAGGACUAGGUGGAGGUGGUGGACUUGGUGGUGGAGCUGGUGGAGGAGUAGGUGGUGGUGCCGGAGGAGGACUUGGUGGAGGUGGUGGAUUUGGUGGUGGUGCUGGUGGUGGAGGAGGAUUAGGUGGAGGUGCUGGUGGUGGUGCUGGAGGUGGUUUUGGUGCAGGUGGAGGAGCCGGAGGUGGUCUAGGUGGAGGUGGAGGCGGAGGAUUUGGUGGUGGUGGAGGUGGUGGCAUUGGUGGUGGUGCAGGUGCCGGAGGAGGCUUUGGUGGUGGUGCAGGUGGAGGCGUUGGCGGAGGUAUAGGAGGUGGAGGUGGCGGCGGAUUUGGUGGUGGUGGAGGCAUUGGUGGUGGUCAUUAGUUCAUCAAUAUAUAGCUCUUCCAAUUAUGUUUUGCAUGAACUAUAUAUAUAAGAAUGUGAUCAAAAUGUUAAAUAUAAUUAUGUACUUUUCUAGUUCUAUUUUUUUGUGAGAGUCCUUUGUAAAAGUACUUAAACAAGAGUGUAUCAUUAUUUAUCCAUUAUAUCAAAGUAAAUUUGUCCUUUAAAGCUUCUUUACAUGUUAUUACAUGUAAAAUAAAGCUUGUGGACUAUUGUAUUAUCCAACCAUAUUAUUAAUAAAGUAUGUUGUUUUCCAA